AUGACCUCGGGUCAAGUGAAAGACGGUUGUCUUUUCGGCUCGGACGUUUUCGAAACAGAUAAUCGAUAUGCCACUGCGAGUGUGGCAGAGUCUGCCGCGGAUAGUGCGGCGACAGGGGAUAGUAGUGGCAUCCCUUUCGCUGCAGAUCAAAUUCGGAGCAGCAGCAACUCCGGCAGCAGAAAAAUGGUUCGCAUGUCGUCUCAUCCGUGUCUCACCAGGGCUUCGUCCUUCUCCCCUCCACCUCCCAUCGCUAGUCGAUUUCCCAAUGAUUCCAGCACGUGUCGUGAUGACGACAGCAACAGCACUACUAGCCCUGUCGGUGACUGGGAGGUGGCCGAGGCGCGAUCAGGGCCUAGCGCCGCUUCUGACGCUGCAUUAAUCGACGAAGAGGAUUCGCUCUAUGCGAGUGGGGAUCCGUUCUUCUCGAGCCCCUUGCCGCUACCUGAGAGAGUUAGCGCCGGCACUGACUCGCAACAGCAACAGCAGCAGCAGCAGCAGCAGCAGCAGCAGCAGCAGCAUGAAAAGCAAGGAGUGAGAUGCGACAGCGGCGUGGGAAGGAACGGCGUCCACCUCGGUCACUCCCUCCCGCGCUGUCGAUCCGAGGAGGCCCCCUCUCCCUUCGGAAGCUUCCAUUUCGCCGUCGGACGCGGCGAGAGUUACGGGCGGAGGCAAGGCGACUCGGUUGGGUCCCCUGACGGUUUGUUUACGGGGCUCUUAGACGAGGGGUGCGGCGGGAUUGGAGUCGGUGCUGGUAGCGAGGCUUACGAGGGGGAGGGUCAUCUGAGGGCGGACGUAUUUGACAGCACUAGCAGCGGCAGCGGCAGCGCACGCGAGGGAGGCCACGAGGGAGGGCGCGGCGGAGUGGAGCUGAUACGCGCGUCAACAGACGGAGUAGUGCAGGCGAGGAGAGCGCGGAAAUUUACGAUGGCGUUUAUGGGUGCUGGUAUGUUCCACGGCCGGGGGAAGGACGCUCCUUCUGCUUCUGCUGCCGGUGCUGGUGGUGGUGCUGGCUCGUCUGAAGUUGCUGCUCUGCUGCUGCUACUGCUGCUGACGCUCUCGUUUCUGCUGCUGGGGAGGGUGGCUGCUGUGGUUGGCGUCUCGUGUGUCUUGCUGCUGGUUGCACGGGUGGAUCGAGGGGGGAGAGGGUGGGUGGGAGAGAGUGAGGGAGGGAGUGGGGAGGCCACGGUUCGGGAGGAAGAAGGGGCGGAUGGAAUUGGGAGGGCUGGGAGGGGAGUGAGUCGGGAGGAGGAAGUGGAGAGGGCGAGGGAGGAGGAGGAGAGGAGGAGGCGAGAGAGGGUGAGGGAGGAGGCGAGGCAGAGGCGGGUGGCGGCGAUUCUGCAGCACAGCCGGGCUUCGGACCCGCGCACUUUGUCAGUGAUGGAGGGGCUUCUAUCUCGACCCACACACUCUGUCAGGAAAGGAGGGGCUUCUCUCUUGAUCAAACAGGGCGCAGGGGAGGCAAAGCGAAGGAGGAGAGGGGGGGUGGUCGAGAGAGGAGAUGAGGCGGUGGCGGGUGGUGAUGAUUCUGCUGCAUUUGAGCGAAGGGGAAAACUCAGGCAGAAUGCGUCGUAG